AUGUCCUUUGCAUUGGACCCCAACACCAACCUCCAGGAGACCAAGAAGCCGAAGUAUGCCACCAACCCCAACAACUACUUGAAGAAUGAAGAGGGUGAAGAAGAGGAGGAAGAGGAAGACGUCCCUGAGGACUUGGCAGAUUUGGAGCCAGAAGAACAGCAGAAAAGGAUCAAGAUUCGAGCUGCCUAUAAGAUGGCCCUUGGCACUCUUCUUGUCCUGAUCUUUUCAGAUCCCAUGGUGGACCUGCUGUCGGAACUAGGUGCGGCUUCAGUUGGGAUUCUCCACCUGGUGGACCUGCUGUCUUCGAACAAAGCUCUGCGCUAA